GCCCCACGGCACACAUCGCUUUUAUUUGCAUUAAUCUCCUGCUCUCUCCCCGCAACACGUUUCUCCGGAAAUUUUCUUUCCCACAGAAAAAAAAAAAAAAAAAAAAUCUUGCCUUUUACUUUCACGGCCAUUGUUUCCAUCGACGUUUUAAGCUUUUUAGCUUCCUUUACUUUGGGAGGUAGAAAGAGAUCAAAAUUUCUUCUGGGUUUUGAUCAUGGGUGGUGCCUCUCCAAUCUCUGAGAUGAUAGAUGGUUGCACUUCCGAUACUGACUUUGACAAGGAAGGGAAGGGAAAGAGACUAUGGAAGAAAGUAAAAUAUCAGCUUAUUGAAUACCAUUCAUUGCCUAUGUUCUUAAGGGACAAUGAGUUCAUUCUGGGUUACUACCGAUCAGAAUGGCCAUUGAAGCAAGUGUUUCUAAGCAUGUUUUCUAUCCACAAUGAAACUCUUAAUGUCUGGACGCAUUUGAUUGGCUUCUUCCUUUUCCUUUUCCUCACCAUUUACACAGCAACAAGAGCUCCGGAAAUCAUUGAUCUGCAUUACCUGCAACGUUUGCCUGACAUGAUUAGAAGUGCCGAUUUCCACAAAAUUCAUCCAGAACUGUUGAAUUGCCUUCCUUCACUACCCAACCUGUCUGAUUUUAAGACAUCUCUGCCAUCUAUGGAUUUUCUUUCUUCAGUUUCAGGGAAUCUAGUGGAACUUGUCACCAAUUGCUUGCCUGAGCGGUUAUCACAUUCCUACCAAGCCGACAAUUCUGUACCGCAUGGAGUAACAGAUGAUGUGAUGGACAUGGUUGCUCCCCUUAUGGUUCGGCCAAUUACAAGGUGGCCUUUCUUUGCCUUCUUAGGUGGAGCCAUGUUCUGCUUGCUAGCCAGUAGCGCAUGCCACCUCCUUGCUUGCCAUUCGGCACGCCUUUCGUACAUUGUUCUGAGGUGUGACUAUGCAGGCAUCGCUGCACUCAUUGCAACCUCGUUUUACCCUCCCGUCUACUACUCAUUCAUGUGCAACCCCUUCUUUUGCAAUCUCUACUUGGGAUUCAUAACAAUUCUUGGUAUUGCCACCAUUGCUUUUUCCCUCCUGCCAAUGUUUCAAGGACCCAAGUUCCGCAGUACUCGCGCCUCUCUCUUCUUUGGGAUGGGUGUGUCUGGUGUGGUUCCUUUAGUUCAUAAGCUCAUAUUGUUCCGGAAUCGGCCUGAGGUCCUGCAGACUACUUGUUACGAGGUGUUAAUGGGAGUCCUCUAUGGAUUGGGGGCUGUGAUUUAUGCCACAAGGAUACCUGAGCGGUGGAGACCAGGAAAGUUCGACAUUGCCGGCCACAGUCACCAACUGUUUCAUAUAUUGGUUGUGGCAGCAGCUUACACGCAUUAUCAAGCAGGACUCGUCUAUUUAAGAUGGCGGGACUUGCAGGGUUGUUAGAAUUUAGCCUUGGGACCCAAGCAUUAGCAGACGGGGCUCUCCUAGGCUCUCUGUUUGCGCUAUUGUACCUUGUCAUGAAUCAAGGUGUGUACUUAUUUUUUUCCCUUGGCCAUAAUAAAGUUGUAGUGCUGUUGGCCAGAAGGCACGUCCAUGGCUGAUGUAUGUAAUGAAGUUAGAACGAUUUCAUAGCCCCCCACCCACAUGUAUAUGAUGAAAGCUAUGAAACUAUGGUCUGCGAUUUAUGACUACUGUUGGCUUUGGAAGAUUGUUCAUCAGUUGUAAGGUUCACCUAUAAU